UCUUGCACGCAAAACAGAAAGAAAGAAAACUCGUGAACCCUUUUGACAAAACGCACCCUUCCCCCACGAGCCCUACCAGUCCGAGCCCUCUAUCUCUCUCUAGAACCCCCAACCCACGUUGACCCAACCAGCCCCACUCCCUCCUCUCCUCUCCUCUCCUCUCCCGAUGGCUUCUGAUCAAGACCGCACCACCGUCUACGGCGGAGAAGACCUCGACGAAGACGACGACGACGACACCGAAGAAGACGACCUCGCUCUCAUUCCUUCCCAACACCACCACCUCCGCGACGACGUCGAAGAGGACGACCUCGACGACGAUGACGACGACGAUACUUCCUCCUCCGCCGCCUUAGUCACCGUCGCCCUCCCCUCCACCCCCCUCCCUCUCACCGUCGUCGCCGAUGCCAACCGUCUCCCCAUCAAGCACGUCACAAUCGCCGCCGUAGCCGACGAGAGAAAGCCUCUGCCUGCGCUCGACGAGUCACGGCGGCUGUUUCAACGGUUAUGGACCGACGAGGACGAGAUCGAGCUGUUGCAAGGGUUCCUCAAUUACACCGCGCAGCGAGGAGGGAACACUUCGCACCACCACGAUACCACCGCUUUUUAUGAUCAGAUCAAGUCUAAACUCCAGCUCGAUUUCAACAAGAAUCAGUUGGUUGAGAAGUUGAGGAGGCUCAAGAAGAAAUACCGAAACGUUUUGAAUAAGAUCGGGUCUGGUAAAGAGUACAUCUUCAAGACCCCUCACGAUCAAGCCACUUUCGAGAUCUCUCGCAAGAUCUGGAGCAGUAUCGAAGAAGCUGGAUUAGAGGAAGAUAUAGCAAACCCUAACCCUAACCCUAAUCCUAUUUCAAUUGAUCAUAACGGUAAUGGUGUUGAUGUGAAUUGUUCAGAGAAGAAGGGUUCGAGGCCGCCGCGGAAACGAUCGAGGGUAAAAAUUGAUGAAAAACCGCAAUUCGAUCAACAACCUCACCAAAUUGCGACACCAAUUGCGGCUUCAAUUCCGAAUUCGAUUGAGGAGACAGUGAGGAGCUGUCUGUCUCCGUUGUUUAAGGAGUUACUUCACAAUGCCAUGAAUGGGUUGUGUGGUUCGCGGGGGUUUGGAGGGGUUGCCACAGCGUUGAAUCCGAUGCCUUUGAGUUUCGGGGGUGGUGAUAUGAUGGAUGAGAAGUGGAGGAAGCAACAGAUAUUGGAAUUGGAGGUAUAUUCGAAGCGGUUAGAGUUGGUGCAGGAUCAGAUUAAGUCUGCAUUGGGGGAGCUAAGAUCAAUAUGAAGUUGAAAUGACAAUUGCUAGGUAGCAAGUACUUGGAGUUUCUCCAUUUUUAGUUCAUAAAUUUGUUGGUCAUUUGAUCAAUGUCGAAUACUGUUUAUGAUUUCAUCUUUUUCAUUUAUUUAACUUUACAGAUUGUUGGAAUAAUCAUAUCUAUUUACCUGGUCUUGGAUAGUUUGUUCAGGUUCCUCAACUCUGUGCAUAUAGAAACUGAAUGAAAUAGAUGUUAAAAAGCAUGACUUUUUGUCUCUACAAGCUUUAUGUGUUCUCAACUUUUGCUGUAAUUGUCUUUUCACCCCUGUUAUUUGUAAAUUGUGACAGUUCUUUA